GCGGCGGCGGCGGUGGCGGCGGCGGUGGCGGAGGCGGCGCGCUGGAGGCAGCCAUGGCAAAGCAGUACGACUCGGUGGAGUGCCCCUUUUGUGAUGAGGUGACCAAAUACGAGAAGCUCGCUAAGAUCGGCCAAGGCACCUUCGGGGAGGUAUUUAAGGCAAAGCACCGUAAGACCGGCAAAAAGGUGGCUCUGAAGAAAGUGCUGAUGGAGAACGAGAAGGAGGGGUUCCCCAUUACAGCCUUGCGGGAAAUCAAGAUCCUCCAACUUCUAAAACACGAGAAUGUGGUCAACUUGAUUGAGAUCUGUCGAACCAAAGCUUCCCCCUAUAACCGCUGCAAAGGCAGUAUAUACCUAGUGUUUGACUUCUGCGAGCAUGACCUUGCUGGGCUGCUGAGCAAUGUCUUAGUCAAGUUCACACUGUCCGAGAUCAAGAAGGUCAUGCAGAUGUUGCUCAACGGCCUCUACUACAUCCACAGAAACAAGAUCCUGCACAGGGACAUGAAGGCGGCUAAUGUGCUCAUCACUCGUGAUGGGGUUCUGAAGCUGGCAGACUUUGGGCUGGCCCGGGCCUUCAGCCUGGCCAAGAACAGCCAGCCCAACCGCUAUACCAACCGUGUGGUGACGCUCUGGUACCGGCCCCCGGAGCUGUUGCUCGGGGAGCGGGACUACGGCCCCCCCAUUGACCUGUGGGGUGCUGGGUGCAUCAUGGCGGAGAUGUGGACCCGCAGCCCUAUCAUGCAGGGCAACACCGAGCAGCACCAGCUUGCCCUCAUCAGCCAGCUCUGUGGCUCCAUCACCCCUGAGGUGUGGCCCAAUGUGGACAAGUACGAGCUGUUUGAGAAGUUGGACCUGGUUAAGGGCCAGAAACGGAAGGUGAAGGACAGGCUGAAGGCCUACGUGCGGGACCCCUAUGCUCUGGAUCUCAUCGACAAGCUGCUGGUGCUGGACCCUGCACAGCGCAUCGACAGUGAUGACGCCCUCAACCAUGACUUCUUCUGGUCCGACCCCAUGCCCUCAGAUCUCAAGGGCAUGCUCUCCACGCACCUGACGUCCAUGUUCGAGUAUCUGGCGCCGCCACGCCGGAAGGGAAGCCAGAUCACCCAGCAGUCCACCAACCAGAGCCGCAAUCCCGCCACCACCAACCAGACGGAAUUUGAGCGUGUCUUCUGAGGGCCGGCUGCCCGCCCUUUUCGUUAGGGCAGUUUUAUUUUUCCUUCUGCUAUGUGACUUGCAUUGUGGAGAUGAUGGGGCAUUUGAGUUUUCUCUAGUGCUUAUUUUAUUUCCUCCCUACUCUGGGCACUGGGAACACCAGCUGAGCGGACUGGAGGAAAGCUUUGGCUGAAAGUCCUGGAGGGCACUGGGGUGCCUUGCCUUGUUCCCUGGCUUUCGAGAUGAUGCCCAGAGGGUCUCCAUUUACUUUCAGACAGGAAUGGGGUGGGAGGAGAGGCACACCCCACCAGUGACUUUGUAAAGAGAGUUCCCAGUGUGGUAGGAGGAAGGGACAGGUCCCUCACCUGUUGCCAGCCCUCCUCUCAGGUGAGAAACUGGUGUGGGGGACGGAACCAGCCCCGGGAAUGGGCUGCUCUUGGCCCAACCCUCCGAAGCCCCAGGGCUGGCAAAAACUUGGUUUCUUCAAUAGAGAAUUUUAUCGUGUUUCUUUUGCUCAGUUUGGAGACAUUCCUGGACAGUUUGGUCAGUUAUAAUUAAAGUUGACUUUUUUUUUUCAGUAA